UAAAUAUACUGAUAAGUAUACAUUCUGAAUUCCGAUAACCUUCAGUUGAACCAGUAGGCUCGCUAGAACGUUACAAGACAAAAUAGCAGCCACGUUAUAUUACGGUCAGUUAAUUUCAAUUUGGAAUCAAUUUAUUAUAAAGGAAAUAUAAAUGGCGCGAAUAGCUGUUGUAACCGGAGGAAAUAAAGGAAUUGGAUUUGCUAUUGUAAAAACACUUUGUAAACAGUUUGAUGGAAUUGUUUAUUUAACUGCUCGCGAUGUCACCCGGGGAACAAACGCAGUAAAAGAAUUAGAAAAGGACGGUUUAACACCGAAGUUCCAUCAACUUGAUAUUACCGAUGAUAACAGCAUCAACACUUUUCGUGAUUAUUUAAAAAAUACGCAUGGAGGACUCGAUAUUCUAGUAAACAAUGCUGCUAUUGCAUUCAAGGUAGCAGCUACAGAACCAUUUUCUGUACAAGCUGAAGAGACAUUGAAAGUUAAUUACUUUAGUUUAAGGAAGGUAUGUAACAUACUUUAUCCGUUACUGAAACCUCAUGCACGGGUGGUACAUGUUUCGAGCUCUUGUGGCCGUUUGUCACUGAUUCCCGGUGAAUCAUUGAAAAAACGCUUGUCUGAUCCAAACCUUACAGAAGAAAAAUUGGAUGACAUCAUGCAUGAAUUCGUUGAUGCUACAAAGGCAGGUAAUCAUUUGGAGAAAGGUUGGGCAAAUUCUACAUAUGUUGUAAGCAAAGUAGGAGUUUGUGCCUUAACUAGAAUUCAUCAAGCUAUGUUCAAUUCUGACCCACGUGAAGAUCUUGUUGUAAAUUCGGUGCACCCUGGCUAUGUAGAUACAGACAUGAGUAGCCAUAAGGGAAAUUUAACGCCAGAUGAAGGUGCUGUAGCUCCUACCUUUUGUGCAUUGCUACCAGAAAAUACAGAGAUAAAAGGUAAAUACAUCUGGUUUGACAAGUCAUUGGUAGAAUGGACAAAAGAUAUAUGAAAAUAUUGAUUGCAACAAGUUUCUUUUCUUUAUAUGAGGUAUACGCAUGUAAUACGAUACAAUGUAACAGAUGUUUUGCAAAUUUAAAAAUGAUGUACUUUAAUAUU